CGGGGUGCGGGGUGCCCAGUCAAAACAAUGCAGUUUAAAUGGCGUCUCCAAUUUAACGAGAUCUCCGAACGCCCUCCGCCCCGUUGUCGCCUUUUGAUCGGCGACUCGAUCCGCCGCGGUUUUGGUUCCGCGGAUGUUUUUGUUGGCCGCAGAUGGAGGCGGCUAACGGUCGUCUGUUGUUAACGUAGCCUAGCGGAGGGGAGCUGAAAGCGGACAGACGGGAAGACCGAGCGACAGACGGACGUUCAUCCGAGACAACCACCGCUCCCGCAUGGCGGACUAGGAGCCGGGGGAUCAGUCCCGUCAUGGCUCCGUGCUCCGUGGCGGCGGCCUGCCGCAGCCUGGCCCUCUCGACGUGGCUGCUGUCCUUCUGCUUUGUCCACCUGCUGUGCCUCGACUUCACCGUGGCCGAGCGCGAGGAGUGGUACACGGCCUUCGUCAACAUCACCUACGUGGAGCCCUCCACCAAGACGCCGCGCACCGACAAGACCGAGUGCGGCCGCUACGGGGAGCACUCGCCCAAGCGGGACGCCAAGGGGGUCGUGGUGCUGCCCGCCGCGCCCCACGACCGCCAGGCCUGCGACCCCGGCACCCCGUUCCCGGCGCCGGCCCACGCCGGGGCCUGGGUGGCCCUGAUCGCCGGCGGCAACUGCACGUACAAGGACAAGAUCCGGCACGCCGCCGAGCGCAACGCCUCUGCCGUGGUCGUCUUCAACGUGGGCUCGGCCAACGCCAACGACACCAUCACCAUGCCUCAUCCCGGCACAGGCGACGUGGUGGCCAUCAUGAUCCCGGAGCCCAAAGGUCGCGAGGUGGUCUCGCUCCUGGAGCGCAACUUGACGGUCACCAUGACCAUCACCAUCGGGACCAGGAACCUGCAGAAGUACGUGAGCAGGACCUCGGUGGUUUUCGUGUCCAUCUCCUUCAUCGUGCUGAUGAUCAUCUCGCUGGCCUGGCUCGUGUUCUACUACAUCCAGAGGUUCAGAUACGCCAACGCUCGAGACCGCAACCAGCGCCGCCUUGGUGACGCAGCCAAGAAGGCCAUCAGCAAGCUACAGGUGCGCAACAUCAGGAAGGGCGACCAGGAGACGGAGGCCGACUUUGACAACUGCGCCGUGUGCAUCGAAGGCUACAAGGCCAACGACGUGGUCCGCAUCCUGCCAUGCAGACAUUUGUUCCACAAGAGCUGCGUGGACCCGUGGCUGCUGGACCACCGCACGUGCCCCAUGUGCAAGAUGAACAUCCUGAAGGCGCUGGGCAUCGCUUUAAACGCAGACUGCCUGGAUGAGCUGCCGCUGGACUACGACCUGGCUCUGGGCGGCGGGGUCGCUGGGCCCCUGGCCCUGGAGGCCGUGGUUUCCGGGGCGGCCAGCGACAGCACGCUAAGCGAGGGAGGCUCCUCUGUGGUUCUGGAUCCGGGGGUGCGACGGAUGGGACUCCCGCAGGACUACCAGGAUCCCCCCGACACCCUGAGGGACAGUCCAGUGACGGCCAGCACGGACACGCACACGGGUGAGCUCCAGCCGUUGGUGAGCAGCGUCUCUGUGGCGUCGCUGGUGAUCGCCGUGGAAACGGGUCUGUCAGAUGAGGAGGGAUCCGUUCAAGCAUCUCAGAUGGGGGACAAGUCCUGAGAGGAACUGGGGAGAAAAAAAAGAGCAAAAUGAGUGACACGGAAGAGGACCUCCUUUGAGUUUGGCCUGUUUUUUUCUUUUUUUGCCAAAGCAACUUGGGACUUGCACACGUGACUUCCUCCCACCUCCGGUUAUCCGCCUCUUCUAUCUUCUCCGGAAUGUUCCACGACCUUGUCCGGUCACUUCCUGUCCUACUCCGGGAAAUCCUGCUCCAUUUGGUAGACUGCGGCGAGGCCACCGGGUGAACAUUUGUGCCGACUUGGUCCCGGCAGUGUUCCAACUCACAGUAUUGAACAAAAAAAAAAAAAAAAAAAAAAACCAAAAAAAAAAAGUGUUUUCUUUGUAGUUCCCUCUUGUCCAAUCGUAGGGUUUUUCUCCGUCCCCGAAAAGAUGACCAGAAAUGUCGGUACUGUUGUGUACCGUGACCUCCAAACAAAAACAUUUCUACAUUCGUCCCGUCUGCCGACAAACAAUUUUUUGGGCCUCCUAACAUUACUCUCUUCCACUUUUCACGCCGGCGCCAUGGAGAGACGAACAGAGGGGCUUGCUUGUGACUCCCGAGGUCGCUGAGAGAGCUUCGAGAUUGUCAUCUAUUUUGCUACCUGAGGAGAUGUUUAUUUUUGUAACGCAGAGAAGACUGAGUCGACCCCCCCCCCCCCCCCCCCUCCUUGCUGGUGGUGUUUUGUACUGUACAUAUCGAACCAUGCCAAGCGAUGGACGUGCCGUAUGAGGAUGUCCUAAAGGUCAAGAUUUCUCAAUGUUGAAUAAAGAACUUGUUGCACAGCUUGCAUCCAAAACAGAAGCAACGACUGUAACAAAACAAAACCACAAACACUAGGGGUGUCGAACUCUCUUUUUUGUCACGGGCCACAUGGUAGGGUAUGAUUCCCCUCGCAGCGCUGUUAUGACUGUCAAAACCAUAUAAAUGUCUCUUUAUUACAUAUACACGACCGCCCUUUGCUUUUAAAUUAUAGACACAGUACUGAAAAUUGAAAUCGGAAGUCGUGGAAAAUGGCAUCCAACUAUUGUCCCAGAAAAAUGGCGAUUUCGGUUCAGAUUUUCUGCCAAAAUGAAAACAAAUCCUCUUUAGCAAGAAACGAAGUAAACGCAUUACAUUUUGCUUUCGUGGGGCCGCAUAAAAUUGAGUUUGACGCUGUUGGUUUUGUGACGUUUCGACAAGAUGCCAUUCUUUGUAUACGAGAGCAUUUCAAGUCCAACGCCAAUGACAUUUUACGUUCUUCUAAGAAAACCUCCGAGAAGGAUUUAUGGCCGCAAAUAAACUCGACAUUUUGUUGGCUGCUGGGAGAUGCAAACUUGUGAUUUUUGUUGUCAAACCUUCAACAUUUCAAAAUUCCUUCCUAAAAAUGCUCUCCGUUUAUUUUAGCACUUGAACACAGUGCCGAGCUUGUUAGCUGUAAUAUGUGAUGAUGACGAUGCAUUAUCAUGGCUGCUUUACUUUUGUGAAUGCUGUUCUAAUUAAACUUAUGUCUGUUGUGUUGUAA